AUGACCGCCGAGACGACGCCGCCGAAGGCGCCGGAGCUAUCGGAGCCCGAGCUGGCGGCGCUGCUGGCCAAGCUCGAUCUGGACACGGGCGACGUUGUGCUCUUUGACCGCAAGUGCCACCUCAUGAACGCGUACGGCAUGAUCCUCUGUGAAGGCGCCAAGAUCUUUGGCCAAACGCGCUGGGACCACAACGGCGUCAUCUACAAGACCGACGCCGGCGAACUUAUGUUCAUGGAGGCGUCGCUCGCCGGCGUCAAGCUGCGCCCGCUCAUCGACCGCAUCCGCCACAGCCGGUCGUACGAGGUGCGCAUCCAGAAGCUCGAGGUGCAUCGCACGCCCGAGUUUCGCCAGCGCGCCACCGAGUUUAUCAACAGCAUCCUCGACGUCCCGUACGAAAAGCGCGUCCACGUGAUCUUUAACGCGCAGACGCUCGUGCCUGCGCGGGUUGAGCGCGAAAAGCUGUACCACGACAUGGUCGAACGACGCCGGCAGAUCGAGCAGCUUGAAGAAGAUCUCGCGCGCCGGGCCAACAUGACGUCGUUUGAGCGCAACUCACUGCGCACGGCGUUGACGCGGCUGCGCGAAGAGCACUCGGCGCUCGUCGAGACACUCGACCACACGGAACGCUCCAUUUUUGAAAACCAGAGCUCGCGCGCGACACCCCAGAGCGUGUUUUGCUCGCAGCUCGUCGCUGCGUUCUACCAGCACCUCGGGCUUCUCUUGCCGUAUCCCGCCGCUAAUUCCUACGUCCCCAAGCACUUUAGCGCCACGAGCGACUACAUGAAGCUGCAGAACGCGGCAUGGCUGCCGCAGAUCUCGCUGCGCGAAGACGUUGCGGCGACGACGGCGGCGAUCGAAGCGGCCAACACGCACCUGCCGCCGCCGCCAGACGCCAUCGUCAAGAUCGUCCGAGCGCUCAAGCGGCACUCGCUCUUCCACUCGUUCUCCGAGUCGGAGCUCCGAGCGAUUGCGAGUCGCUUCCGGCGUCAAGCGUACGCCAAGGGCCAAGUGGUUUUUUACCAAGGCAGCAGCGGCGACUUUUUCCACGUCAUCGAGCAAGGCGAGUGCGACGUGUACGUCGACUAUGCGACGUUCCGGCACCAGACGCCGCCGCCGACCGAGAGCAAUCACGACGCGACCCCAAGCAGCGUCCUCCUCCGUCGCAAUAUGAGUCGGUCGUUUAGCCAGCCGUCAACCAAAGCCAAUGAGCAGAUCCUUGUCGCCACCAACGGACCUGGCAACACGUUUGGCGACUCGGCGCUCAUGUACCGUACGCCCCGUCGCGCGACGGUCAAGUGCCAAAGCGACGUGGUGACGUAUGCGCUGGACCAAGACGCGUUCUCGGCCAUCGUGUCGUCGCAUCCCACGGCGCAAAAAUCGCUCAGCGAGCGUCAAUUUCUGCUCAGCGCGCUCGGGACGCACCCACUGUUUGCGGACCUCAACGCGCAGGCGCACGCCGCAGCGGUGCGGCAAUGCUUUCCGCUGCGGUUCGCCAAAGGCACGACCAUCAUCCAGCAAGGCGACUGCGGCGACUACAUUUAUGUCAUUGAGAAGGGCUCGUGUGCGUUGACGCGCACCAAGCCAGACCAAGAGACGCCGGUGCUGGAUCGCGUGCUCGGCCCGAACGACUCGUUUGGCGAAGCGGCGCUCUUGUACAACAGCCGACGGGGGGCCACGGUCACGGCCCUCGACGACUGCAAAGUGUGGUGCAUGGACCGCGCGGCGCUACUUACCAUCAGUCAGAGCGGGUCGUCGGCGCUGCAUCGCGUCUUCAACGACGCCGCCAGCGUCCAUACGUCGGAUGGCGCGCUCUUGACAAAAAAGGAUUUUCUCGACCUUUUCGGGCCCGCCGCACGCGACACGCCGGCGCUCGAGACCGCUGCGUCGGUCUUGUUUCCUGGCACCGAGGACGUGGCCAACUUUUCGCAGUUUGCCAACUUCCACAUGUGCCUCGAAGCGUACAGCGGCGCACGCGGCAACCCGCUUCUGGCACAAGCCCUCUUGCGCGCGGCCACUGCACACCUGCACGACGACGAGUGGACAGCAGCAGUCUUCAACACGACCUCGGCCGUCAACUAUACUGACUGCGUCCAUCUCUGCCGCCGCUGGAUCGAGGCUCCGACAACGCUCUCGACAGCCGCGCGCGAUGUACUCCAGUCGCUCCAUCGCGAUCUGGGCGUCGUCGAACGGCUCUGGAAGCAAACGUCGUUCGAGACGGCGAUUCGGCGCCGACCCAACUUGACAACGUCAUCGGCCCCCGACGGCCCCGUGCCCUUCCGCACGACCUCGUCGAUUGGCUACGUGAGCGCUGCGAUUCUCGCGGGCAUCUGCGCACGCACGGUGACGGCGCCGCUCGAGCGAUUGAAGCUCUUCCGACAGGUGCGCUUGUACCCGUCACAGCUGGGCCUUGGCCAGAGCUGGGCGCGCAUGGUGUCGACGGCGGGCCUCCAAAGCUUGUUUGCGGGCAACCUCGUCCACUGCGUCAAGAUCUUUCCGUCGUUCCCGCUCAAGCUGGCCUUUUGCGACCUGUACCGCCAGCAAUUCGAGCAUCUCGGUUUGCGCUCCGAAGUCAAGAAUGUCGUCGCGGGCGGCUGCGCCGGUAUCACGGUCAACAGUAUCGUGUACCCGCUCGAUGUCCUUCGCGGCCGCCUUGCGCUCCAGCAGGCCAUCUCGCCCAUGAAGACGUACGCCACGUCCAUCGACUGCCUCCGCAGCAUGGUGCACACGGACGGCGUGGCCUCCUUGUACCGCGGCUUUGGCAUCUCGACGAUCGGGUCGUUCGUCUACAUUGGGCUCAACUAUGCGCUCUACGAGUUCUUCCGCCCGGCCAUGCUUCUCGGCGGCGACGACGGCUUUACGUCGGACGUCUCACGGUCGACGCUGCCGGGGCAAAUCGGGUGCGCGGUGGUUGCAUCGCUUGGCGCGCAGCUCUCGACCUUUCCCUACGACGUCAUUCGCCGCAAGCUCCAAGUGCAGGGGGACUGGCUGCCCGGCCACUCGUUUCCCACGUACGCGUCGACGUGGCACUGCAUCAAGGACACGGCGCGCGAGACGCCAUGGCGCGUCGGCGGCUUUUACCGCGGCCUCGUGCCCAACCUGCUGCGCCUCUUGCCGGCCGCGACUGUCUCGUUUGCCGCCUAUGAAAAGCUCCGCGACGAUCCGUAGAGAAGCACCCGGUGCAUGUAUUUUCUCGCAAAAACGUCUCUCCAAAC